AACCACGCGCAUUAACAGUGCAACUGUGUAUCAGAUAUCCAGGAAACCAGUUUUCGUAGUGUUGCUGUCAUUUUUCAUUUGGGCUAGUAGAAUUCACUUGUUGAAAUUGGGUUGACAGAAAGCAAUAUACGUUUAAUUAAACAGUUCUUUUUUAUUUUCUUCUUUAAUUUAAUUGAUGUGCUUAAUACAACUAUGACUUCCAUUUACGAAGAGAAAGACCCACAUUCUUUGGAGCUCGAGGAAGGUCUCGUUCAAGAUAACGGACAAGAGGAGUUGGACUUUUCCUACCUGUUUCUAUACAACGACUUUCACGUGAAUAAAGACAACAGCGGGGUUUCCCCUCAUGAAGACCGCAACCCUCUAUCCACGAUGCCCCCCCCCUACGACCUCAGCUCCCACGGCCACCCGGCAUCUUCCAGCCAGACCUACUACCACGGGUCCAUCGACGACUGCCUUCCUGGGCCCAGGCCGGGUGACACUCCAUUCCCCAGCCCCAGGAUUGAGAUCACCCCAUCCGGGGACCUGCACCAAAGUCUGCCCCUGGACGCCGGCCCCAGAUCCAUGGCCCUGACUGUGCCUGGCUAUGAAAACACGGCCUACCGAGAGCCAUCGUGCCUGAGCCCUGCUAGCAGUAACUCCUCCACGGGCUGGCUGUCCGAGCCCUGGGCUUCGCCGUGUGUAUCACCCAGCGGUGGUGAGGGGGCGACGGGCUUGGACCCAGCGGUGGACCUCCUCUCGGGCCUCAAAGGCAUCCACCCGUACUCCACCCACUCCUCGCCCGGCACCUCUCCUCGCAACAGCAUCACGGAGGAGACGUUCCUCGUGCCCCAGAGGCCGCGCUCCUGUCCCCCCAAUGCCCACCCCCGCGCUCGGUCCGCCUCUCCCCAGGGCAAACGCACCUACGACCAGUGCAGUGGCCCCGGCCUGGGAAGCAAUGUCCACCGACAGCAGCAGCAGCGCUCACGGAGCGCAAGCCCUUUGCCCCACCAAUCGGAAGCGGAAGCCCAGAUUAACGUCCCGCAGGAGGCGCCCAGCCUGGAAGAGGUGCUGAACAGCCUCAGCUCCAGCCUGCCCAGGGCCGCCCCCUCCAAGAUGGUCCGGCCCAGUGUGGAGGGCCACGGUGAGAUCCAGGAGGGUGGCUGGGUGUACCCUCCGGAGCUGGGGAGGAGAGGCCGAGCCUUCUACAUCCUCCCUACAGCCGUCUGGCCGGCUCCACCAGCUCCAGGAGCCUUUAGUGGCAUGUCUGUGCCAUCUCUGCCCCCGCUGGAGGGCAACCUACCCAGUCACUACGACCAGUAUGCACUCUGUCUGGAGCAGCAACCCAAGCAACACCACCGGGCCCACUAUGAGACCGAGGGCAGCAGAGGGGCCGUGAAAGCUCCCAAUGGGGGACACACUGUGGUCCAGCUUCAUGGGUAUCGAGGCACAGCACCUCUAGCUCUCCUGGUGUUCAUCGGAACGGCAGACGAGAGGCUUCUCAAACCCCAUGCCUUCUACCAGGUGCACCGCAUCACUGGGAAGACAGUCACCACCCCCAGCCAGGAGAGGAUGGUCAACGGCACCAAGGUCCUGGAGAUCCCGCUGGAACCCAAGAACAACAUGAGAGCAGUGAUCGACUGUGCCGGGAUUCUAAAGCUAAGAAAUGCAGACAUUGAGCUGAGGACAGGCGAGACGGACAUCGGACGGAAGAACACCUGUGUCCGGCUGGUUUUCCGGGUUCACAUUCCCCAAGCCGAUGGACAGUUUGUCUCUCUUCAGGUGGCCUCCCUUCCCAUUGAGUGUUCCCAGAGGUCGGCUCACGAGCUUCCCACUGUGGAGCGCCAGGACAUAGACCACUGCUUGGUCCUCGGUGGGCAGCAGAUGAUCCUGACUGGGCAGAACUUCACCUCCGAUUCCAAGGUGAUGUUCACGGAAAUGACAGCAGAUGGGCAGCAGAUCUGGGAGUCCGAGGCCAUGGUGGACAGAGGAAAGAGCCAGUCUAGCAUGCUGUUUGUGGAGGUUCCUCCAUAUCGGGAUCACACCAUUUUUCAUGCGGCUAAGGUCAACUUCUAUGUCAUCAAUGGAAGAAGGAAGCGCAGUCAAAUGCAGCACUUUACCUACACCCCUCUAACAGCUCUGGACAUUAAAACAGAACCCGUGGAUGACUUCCACUGCGGCCAACUGGUCUACGAUGUAUCCCAGAUCCUAGGGGCGUCGGCAAAGUCUGAGCACCAUGGCCACUCCAGACACUUCAGUCCCAACGGCAACGUAAUGACAAGCCUGGCACCGGUGGCACCCUGCCAGCCUGCCGGCCACCACGACCUCCGUGUCCGACCGUCGGCCUGUCGACAGGAGCCUCUGCUGUUCUAUCCCGGUAAAGGCCUGGGCUUCAGUCCUGUGCGGCACGAAGACCUAGGCCACCAGCGGAACCACCAUUUCCCAGCAGUGGACCACGGAGGUUCCCCGUCUCAGAGGUUCUACACCGACACACACCAUUACUCCGCCGUGUCCGUCCCGCUGGCACAUAGCCAACAACCGGCCGCGACAGAGGACAGUGGCCACAGGGCCGCUCCAUCAUGGGAGGUCGUCGCCGCCACGCCGGAGUCCUAUUUCUCUGAAGGCCGGAACCAGGGCUUUGCGCCGAUGAUGGGCUCGGGGCGGUCUCCACCACCGCUGGUGCGGCACAGCCAGAUCCACCCCCAGAGCGGGCUGGUCCCUGCAGGGACCCUGACAGUCAAGCAGGAAAAACUCAGCCAAGCCUACCUGGAUGACGUGAAUGACAUCAUAAGGAGUGACCUGACCGGUCGCGGGAAGGAGAGGAAGGUUCCGGAAACAUUUCAUGUCUCGGGCGACAACCACCGAGGCUCAACAUUUGGCCAUGAUGUCAUCGACCAGUGAGGAAGACGUUUAACGGGUGGCCCUCUGCGGUCACUGAGAGAUCACCAGAGUAGGCAAGGUUAACUCCAGAGCCCGGGUUCUAUUCCCCACCCAGACACCUCGUCGUCCUCCCAGCUUCCUACUGGGUCAUUCAUCCCCUUUCCUCCCUGCUUUAAGAAAACACACUGGAGCGAGUUUUAUAGUAGGUCCCAAAUGUAUGUAAAUGACAGCUUAGGAAAAGAAUCUUGGUAUAAAAGGUCUGGUGUUGAUGCUGUUUUGAUCAUGGGUUAUGUUAUUAUUUUUUAAAGGUUUAAUUAUUGUAGCAUGUAUGACUGUGUUUGUUUACUGGCUAUGUGACCUCAAAGAACAGUAGUCCAAAAUGCUUUUAAAUUUGAAAAAGUAAGCAUCUUCAGGAACAUUUCUGUAUUUCCAGAAGGAAAGGUUAGAAGAUCAGAAGAUUGUUAGAAUAGAUGGAAAGUGUAUUUUUAUUUUAGGCUUCUAUUUUGGUUUAUACUUUGAUUGUAUGUUAUCUGCCUGUCAUUAUAAUGCUGCUUAUCAGGAUUUUGUGCACACAAAGAAAGGAAAAAUUAAAUAAAAACACAAACAGGAAACAUUUUAU